GCAACGCUGAAGCUAAGUUUCAACGGGAGCGCAUACCUGUAGUCUGACUUCAACUUCAUGUGAGAUAUGCACCGUCCUUAGAUAUUUCCAGUCACCAAAUCGGAACCGUGUCGACAGUCCUAUAUCAUCCAUUGAUAAGGCGACGGUGCCCUAAUCAAUUCUGCUUGACAGCGGGCCCCCUGACGGUCGUACCCCGGAGCAGCUGACACUGCCAUCUCACACCGCUCCAACGCCGCGCAGGACUUGGCACCUUCUCAUAAGCACACUUUUAUAAGGCUCCUUCGUGACCAGUCUCUCACUCAACCCAUCGCCUUCACCCUCGCAGUGUGGCCGGUCCACAGGCGAAGUGAACCAAUCACAGAAACCCGCCGACAAAAUGCUUCCUAUAUUCGCCAUCGUCCUCGUGGCUCUGGUCAGCUCGAGCUGCGGCAGAGUAACCGAAAUCGACUUGCUGGAUACGCUUCCUCAAAAGCACGGCUCCCUCCCGCACGGAGUGACGGUCACAAAGGGGCUCACCCCCGACUUUGGAUAUGCUUACAGCUUCGAUGGAAACCGCGUACCCAGCCUGGUGGCAAACCGGACGUACUUCACGCAGCUCCUCAGAGGUGUAGACACCGGAAAUGACGUGUUCGUCAUGGCCAAUGUGAAGAUGGCCACCAAAACUACUGGCGUGCUCUUCGGCGUGUACGCCAUGGAAGGUCCAAGACAGUACUUUGACGUCGUCUUAAAUGGCAAGACAAACAAAGUGACCGUAAACUUCCUGAGUGGGGAGGAGCGGACGUCCCUCCACCUGGGGAAGACUCCCAUUGCUGAUAACAAGUGGCACUCCAUCCUGGUCCGCAUCACUGACGUCCUGCACGACUCCAACACUGUGGAGCUGUACGUGGACUGUAUGUUGGACGACAAGGUGAGGACGAGCGCCCCUGUGCUGGAGUCCCUGGGCGCUGACUACUUGGAGACGGUGGCUGAGCUGAGAGUGGCGCAGAGGGGACCUGGGAAAGGGCAGCUCAAGUUUAAGGGUAGCUUGCAGAACCUGCGGCUGAUGUUCAACACAGACCUGCUGUCCGUGCUCCAGUUCCAGGACUGCCUGAUGCAGGGGGACCACCACGAGGGAAGGGGCUCUACGGCACAGAGAGAUGUGAUUGGCAAUGUCGUUCCUGGCUCGUUUGGAGCUAGUGAGAUGAAUUUGUUUGUGACCACCAUGAGAGAGCUGACACAGGCUGUCAGACAACUCCAGAGAGACGUCAGAACACAGGCCCGUGAGACGGCAGGGUUGAGGACUGUUAUGGAGAACUGUGACGCCUGCGGAGGUGGGGUUCCCCAGCCCCGUCGGACGUGCAAUGACGACCCGUGCUGGGCGGGAGUCUCCUGUACAGACACGCCCACCGGGUUCGAGUGUGGGGACUGUCCCGGGGGUUACCAAGGCAACGGUACACACUGUGCGGAUGUGGACGAAUGUCGUCUUGCUACACCCUGUUCCGUGCUGACAACGUGCCAGAACCUGUCCCCAGGGUUCCGCUGUAGGGCUUGUCCUAGGGGGUACACAGGGAACAAGGUAGAGGGGGUGGGUGUGGAGUUCGCACUCAGGAACAGACAGGUGUGUCGGGACCUCAACGAAUGUAACGACGGCAACAACGGUGGCUGUGUGCCUAACUCUGUCUGCACGAACACUAUGGGUUCGUUCCGGUGCGGGCCGUGCUUGACGGGGUACGUGGGGAACCAGACGGUCGGGUGCCGGCCGGGCAGGCGGUGCUCGGACGGAGGUACGAACCCGUGCGACGAGAACGCCAACUGCAAGGUCACCAAGCCGGGACAAUACAAGUGUGAGUGCAAAGUGGGCUGGGGCGGAAACGGCUUCCUGUGCGGCCCGGACACUGAUAUUGACGGCUAUCCAGAUGAAGCUCUCCCAUGUUCUGAUCCUAAGUGCCGACCGGAUAACUGUGUUCUGGUGCCGAACUCUGGCCAGGAGGACGCUGAUGGAGACAGGAUCGGAGACGCGUGUGACGAUGAUGCCGAUGGUGACGGCGUGCCCAACAUGGAGGACAACUGUCCGUUGAAGCCGAAUACUGGGCAGCAGAACUCGGACACGGACUCAGAUGGAGACGCCUGUGAUAACUGUCCCAAUGUCCCUAACCCCAGCCAGCUGGACACAGACAGGAAUGGCGUGGGCGACGCUUGCGAUAACGACAUUGAUGGCGAUAGUAUUCCCAACCUGUUGGACAACUGUCCAAAGAUCCCGAACCAGAGGCAGGUGGACCGGGAUGGGGACGGGGUCGGUGACGAGUGUGAUAGCUGUCCGGACAACAGUAACCCAACACAGAAUGACAGUGACGACGACUUGGUAGGAGACACGUGUGAUACGAAUGAAGACCAGGACGGUGAUGGCUACCAGGACAGUUCAGACAACUGUCCAACAGUUCCCAACAGUGACCAACUAGAUACAGAUGUCGACGGCAUAGGCGACCAGUGUGACGAUGACGACGACAACGACGGCGUUACUGACACCAACGACAACUGCCGCCUGGUGGUGAACCCGACACAGCUCGACACCAACGGGAAUGGAAGAGGUGACAUCUGCGAGGAUGACUAUGAUGACGAUGACCAGGUGGACUGGAUAGACGUAUGUCCUGAGAACGCCAACAUCCAGCGGACUGAUUUCCGAGAGUUCCAGACAGUAGUGCUGGACCCGGAGGGAGAGGCUCAGAUCGACCCCAACUGGGUCAUUCUUAACGAGGGACGUGAAAUCGUGCAGACAAUGAACAGUGACCCAGGUCUCGCCGUCGGCUUCACAGGGUUUAACGGCGUGGAUUUCAGUGGAACCUUCUACGUCAACACAGAAACUGAUGACGACUACGCAGGCUUCAUCUUUUCGUACCAAGACAGUGGCAGUUUCUAUGUCGUCAUGUGGAAACAGAAGGAGCAGACCUACUGGCAGGCCACGCCUUUCCGAGCCGUGGCGGAACCCGGGCUGCAGCUUAAGGCCGUGAAGUCCAACACCGGUCCCGGGGAGAUGUUGCGAAACGCGCUGUGGAACACAGGAGACACAGAGUCUCAGGUGAAACUUCUGUGGAAGGAUCCCAGGAAUGUUGGAUGGAAGGACAAGGCGUCUUACCGGUGGCAACUUGAACACAGGCCCAGCGUUGGGUACAUCAGGGUUCGACUGUACGAGGGACAGAAUUUGGUGGCUGACUCGGGAACGAUCAUUGACACAACGAUGAGAGGCGGUCGACUGGGUGUCUUCUGCUUUUCACAGGAACAAAUCAUUUGGUCUGACCUCACCUACACGUGUAACGACACACUUCCUGAUGCGUUCACGACUGGCCAGAGUUAUGGCAGAGGUUACUACUAAUCUGCAUCAUCCCUAGACCCAAACACAACAUGAUCCAACCAUCGUCUUCACGGGCUUCAAUAUCGACUCGGUUUUCUGUUUCUGACGGAUCUUCUCAUGUAACAUGACAGGUUGAUGUAGCACAGUCAGUAAGUGUCGGUGAGGUUUAGCUGCAGGAGAUGUCCUGACUCUGCUAUGGACAUCCGAGAAAUUGAUUUUGACGUGACAGGCAGCUCAUAUUGGGUUAUGGUUCUUAGUCGAGAAAACAAACUAACCAUUGCGUAAGGAUAUACGUUCUAUUUAUGGUAAUAGUCUUUAUAGAUGUAAGAAUUUGAUGUAUGACCAUGGUAUCCGAUACUAUGGGUAUAUGGGAUUCAUUGAUAAAACUCAUUUUAUACUUUUCUUUAUUAGUUCCAAAUGUUAGAAAACUACUUGUUCGUUUGUAAGAUUUAUGCUUUUGAUAUAUCUUUAAUUUUAUGUUCCAGUCAUCAGUAUCAAUUUUAGUAAUGAAAUGAUAACAAUGGCACAGGCAUGAUAUUCCAUAUUAUUUGUUGAGGUAACACAUCAUAAUUUAGUAAUGCUGUAAUUCCUUCAAUACCUAUGAUUUUUCGCUUGUAACCAGUUCAUUUUGCAUCGAUGUCUUAGAUAACCUAUACUAUCAUACCGCCAUUGAGUGACCAUCUAUAACAUAAUCUCUUUGUCUAACACUUCUGACACAUUGCUAUACAAGGCCUAUGGCUUCAUCAUUUGAACUGUAUAGUAUGUGAUGUGUGCAUAAAUGAUAUGUAAUAAAUGAAAAUGUUUGAAAUGA